AUGCCAAUCAAAUCACUCACCCUACUUGAUUACGUUGCCAAUACAUGAAUCUUAAAUCAUCUUCCACGAUGACGAUGUAGCCGGAUGAUUCUUCUUCUUCUUCUUCCCACCACCCGCAGUUCAGUUUGAUAAUCAAGUUUCUGGUUUCGUGCUCGAAUCAAGUCUCCUACUUUAAUUCUUAGAAUUUGAUUGAAAGUUCAGAAAUGUCUUCCAACUUCAAAUCCAUUCCCAUUAUAGAUGUUAGUCCUCUACUGUGUAAUAAGUGGCGCGAUGUUGAGAAUGAAGGUGUAUCUGAAGUUGUUAAACAAUUAGAUCAAGCUUGCAAAGAGGCAGGGUUCUUCUAUGUGAAGGGCCAUGGUAUUUCUGAUUCCCUCAUUAAAGAGGUUAGGGACAUGACACGCAAGUUUUUCGACUUACCUUUUGACGAGAAAGUUAAGAUUAAGAUGUCUUCAGAAACUGGAUUUAGAGGAUACCAGAGAAUUGGAGAAAAUGUAACCCAAGGCAAAGCUGAUAUGCAUGAAGCUAUCGAUUGUUACAGAGAAGUUAAGCCGGGGAUGUACGGAGAUCUUGGCAAAGCUAUAGAAGGAUUUAAUAAAUGGCCAGACAGUCCUUCAAACUUUUACUCAGUAGUGGGCGAGUACAUCAACCUUCUAACAGAUCUUUCAAGAAACAUAUUGCGGGGGAUUGCUCUUGCGCUUGGUGGAUGUCCCGGAGAAUUUGAAGGUGAAAGAGCAGGAGACCCAUUUUGGGUGAUGCGUUUCAUAGGUUAUCCUGGUAUUUCUGAUGCCAAAGGCCUAGAGAUGCCAGAAAAUGACAUUGGAUGUGGAGCUCAUACAGAUUAUGGACUUUUGACAUUGGUUAAUCAAGAUGAUGAGAUUCCUGCACUUCAGGUGAGAAAUCAAGCUGGUGAAUGGAUAUGGGCAGUUCCUAUACCUGGCACAUUUGUAUGCAACAUCGGUGACAUGCUGAAGAUAUGGUCCAAUGGUUUAUACGAAUCAACUUUGCAUAGAGUGAUCAACAACUCACCAAAAUAUAGAGUUUCUGUUGCUUUCUUCUAUGAGCCCAACUUCGAUGCUGUUAUAGAACCUUUGGAGUUUUGUAAGCAAAAACUCGGUGGGAUUGAGAAAUGUGAAAGCACGAUUUACGGAGAGCAUUUAGUUCGCAAAGUGCUAACGAACUUUGUUGCCUAAAGAAUAGUCUUACAUCUGUAAAUGGAUGGUUUGUUAUAUCAUGGUGAAUAACUCUUGAUCAAAUAUCUCGAGGUUUGUUACAGAAUAAGUAGAUUAUGUAUAGUUAACUGUGUUAUCAUUCAUGUUUGGGUGGAUCUAAUUGCUAUGGUAGAUGUUCUUCGCUAAAUUCUACCUUGUUUCCUUUCUUUUAAUUGGUCGACAGGAACAGGAAUUAGUAGUCUAUCGAAUCACUCGGUAUUUGAUUUGAUAAAUUUAUAGUCAAAAUUUAUUAAAAA